AAAAUGAGAGACACAAAGAACAAAUUAAUGAAGAAGAAGUGAAGUAAUAGGGAGGAAAGAAAGUAGAGAAAGAAUGAUGCAAUUGCAGCAGACGAAACUGGUAGACUCACCUCGAAUUAUCUCUUUCUUCAGCCGCCCAUGGAUUAAACCCACCAUUGUUGCACUCCGAGCUUUCUCCGACCACUCCAACCAGUCUCGCGGCGGUCUCCCUCGCUUCUUCUCCGAAACCCUUCCUUCUUCCAAGGGUGGUGUUGUACGUGUCCAAGGAGAUGAAUUUUGGCAUAUGACUAAAGUUCUCAGGCUGAGUGUAAAAGAUAGGAUAGAACUCUUCAAUGGUAAAGGCGGUUUGGUAGAGGGCUCUAUAGAGAGAGUUGAUCGCACGGGAAUUGAUUUUGUGGCAAUUAAGGAUCAAGUAGUUGUACAUCCUCAUGAACCACAAUGGGAUGUAUAUGCUGCUUUCAGUACACUGAAGGGUGGUAGGGCUGACUGGCUUGUUGAGAAGUGCACAGAGCUGGGAGCCAGUAGUGUAACCCCACUUUUGACAGAACGUUCUCUUUCGAUAUCAGAAAAUCGAGUUGACAGGUUGCAGAGAGUGAUCGUAGCUGCAACAAAACAAUGUCAAAGAUUGCAUGAAAUGAUUCUAAAUCCUCCAAUUAAAGUUGGCAGCCUUUUACCUAAUGUUGCACAAUCAAAAUUAUCUUUUGUUGCUGCAGCAGAAGCUACUCCUCUGAUCAGUACAUUGACAAUGACAUCAUCGACAAAAGAGUCUAGAGGUUCGCUUAUAAUUGGACCAGAAGGGGACUUCACUGAGCAAGAAUUGAAACUAAUCACUGAAGCUGGUGCAACUGCAGUAGGGCUUGGACCACACCGCCUGCGAGUUGAAACUGCUACAAUAUCACUCCUCGCUACAUUGAUGCUGUGGUCUGAUUCUCAGUAGCCAUAAAGUUUAUAAUCGUAGUAAAUUUACAACUCAUCUUUUUUUACAGGGAUUGAGACAAAAGAGUGAAAUACGUAAACUGUUUUAGGAAUGAACAUUCUAUAUAUCAUAUGAGCCACUUGCUUGAAAAUUAUAACUCUUAUCAA